GAGACGGACAUCCUGAAGGGGCGUGGCCCGUGCCUGAUGGGAGACGUGGCAACACAUGACGUCAUCAAAGUGUGUCUGCGCAUGUUCGUGUUAGUAGCGAGUCGAGCUAGCAGUUAGUUUCUUCUCCUUCUUACGCGGACGUUAAAGGCUAAGGAGAUGAUGGAAGAGAGCGGGAUUGAGACUACGCCUCCAACCAGCCCGACACUUUCUGUGAGUGCAGCAGCUUUAGUCGGCUCUCCACCAAUGAGCAUGGGUCUGUCCAGCCCCGUUAUUCCUGCAGGCUCCAGUGCAGUGUCCAUUGGCUCCCUCUCAAUCAGUGCUCCACCCCCACCUGGUCCUUCCCUUCCUGCUUUUAGCGGUCCCACUGCUCCACCGUCCAUUUUUCCUCCUCCAUCUUCACUUGCUCCUCCUUUCAGCACCGCCUCUCCCUUCCCCGCUGGUCCUGCCGUGUCAGUGCCCCCCCCGCCCUCUUCCACUGGACCACCACCCAUUGGCGGCGGCCCACCUCCCGUCGGGCCGCCUCUUACCAACUACUUCCUGAGCUCAGGAUAUGAUAUCACGCGGGGUCAUGCUGGUCGAACACCGCAGACACCGCUCAUGCCAACAUUCUCCAGCCCUACCUCGAUUUCAGAUGUAGUGUCCAGCCCCCUGGUUCAGCAGCCUGUCAUGACAGGUGCUUUGGAUGCCAGAUCUCCUAUCACAUUUCCAGAGGAGCAGGAAGAUCCCAGGGUCUUUGGAGAGAACAAUUCUGGUGGAGGAAUAUGGGGCUUUUUCAAGGGAGUUGCAGGAAACACUGUUGUAAAAUCAGUCCUGGAUAAGACUAAACAUUCAGUGGAGUCCAUGAUCACUACUCUAGAUCCUGGCAUGGCUCCCUAUAUCAAGUCUGGAGGGGAUAUCGACAUUGUGGUGACUUCAGAUAAAGAGGCGAAUGUUGAUGCAGUCCGAGGGGCCUUUCAGGAGGUGUUCGGGAUGGCCAUGGUCACUGGGGAAAAUGGUCUGUCCAACAUUGCCCCACAGCCUGUGGGGUAUGCAGCUGGGCUCAAGGGGGCUCAGGAGCGCAUUGAUGGUCUCAGAAGAUCUGGGGUGAUCCACGAGAAGCAGCCAGUGGUCUCUAUGGAAAACUUUAUUGCGGAACUCUUUCCUGAGAAGUGGUUUGACAUUGGCUGUUUGAUCCUGGAAGACCCGGCUCAUAACAUUAAAGUGGAGGUCUUCACCCAGGCAACUCCUUUGGCACUGGAACAUGUCCAGCAGGCUCAGUCCCAGACCCCUCCAGACUACAGCCUUCGUUGGUCUGGUCUUACAGUUACAGUUGGUGAGAUCCUGGAGCGCAGUCUUCCCAACAUCAAUAGAACAGAAUGGCAUUCGGCCAUGACAGGGAUGGCACAAAGGCAGAUGAUCCAGAGUGCUGCCAAAGCUUUGGCUGGAAUCUACAAACAGAGGCUGCCACCCAGAACUGCAUGAGGCUUUAUUGCUCUGUGUGUCAUCCACUGAGGAUUUGGUGACAUUUUGCAGAAGGAACUUAAGAUAACUGGUAGGUGAUGUCUCAUGUUAUUCCUUAAUGGACAAGUUUGUGAAGAUCAGUGCUCAUUAACAUUCCAGCCCAACUGGAUUUUACUGUAGCGUAUCACUUACAAAGGUCCUCUUAAGAAGUAUAGACUGUAUAUCGUUUUAGCAUCUGCUUAACCUUUCUGAGAUUAUACUUUGUGAUGUAUGUUAACAAUUGAAUCAAUCUUAUGCCGUCUAUCCCAAAAAAAAUUCAGUUUUUGUGAAGCACAUGUAUGGUCAUAGGCCGUAUUGAUCCUAUUCCUUGUGGGUCAUUGUUUUGUAAAAAUCUAAGAUGGCCUCCAAAAUAGCUCCUUUAACUUGUGAUAAACUUUACGUCCGCAUAUUUUUUAUUAUUAUUAUUAUUAACAAUAGCAUCCGUGCCUCACAGUGUCUUUUGGGGGCAAAAUCUGGCCCUUGGACAAAUGUACAGUAGUCAAUGACUCCUGACCUAGACUACUGACGUAUAAAACAUAAUGCCAAAAGAGUUUGCCUUAUUACGGUCUCUGCCACAUGAAAGAAUAAAGUGAUAUUCAAAUGAG